CUUUCUCGCCCUCACCACCACCUCUCCCUCUCAUCUUCCUUCGCGUAUCCCUCAUCCACGCUUCACCACACAGCGCAGAACCAUGCCGCCACCGUCGCCGCGCUCCCUCUAGAUCACUGCCAUGCCUCCACCCUCCUCCGCGCCUCGCGCGCCGCGGCGCUCAGCGCCAGCACCGGCUCUGGCGGCGCGCAUUGCGGCCUUCGAGGGCGCAGGCGCUGCUCCUGCUCCGACGUCGCCGAGGGAGCAACAGCCGCGCAGCGCUAGCGAUCGGCAUGUGUUUGGCAGCACAGCAGGCGCACGGUCGAGUGCGGGGCAAGAGGCGCAGUCGUCGGGCUCAGCGAUGCGGCAGCAGGCAGCCAGCUCCACGGCGCGCAGCUCAGUCGCUGCGCUGCCCUCUAGCAUCUCUAUGCCCGCCGCAGCCUCUUCGAGCGCUGCUCCGUCAUCACGCCCGCCUGCUGCGCCAUCGGCCGCACCAGCGUCACCGGCACUCAGCUCGGACAGAAAGGCCGCACCAGCCGCGCCGUUCCUGCUGCGCGCCCACGUCGCUGCCUCGCCCGCGGCGCUCGCCUCGCCUGCAGCUCCUCCAGCUACCGCUUUGCCUGAUCCGUUCGCCGACAGCGCACAGCCUCACGCGUCUCGUCCGCCAUCCGUCGAGGGGGCGGCACUAUCGGCGACUGCGUCCGUGCACACGCAGCGACCUGCUGAAGAUGGAGAGCGGAUACAGCGUGGUCGAGUAGGCGCCUGGGAUUGGACGCCGCUUUCGUCGGGCGCACGAGAGAGCGCACAGCGACUGGAGGGACAGGCAGUGUCUGGCCUGCUGGAACGCAAGGCUGAGGAGGAGCCGCAGCCUCCGAGCGCCAGACGGCGAGAGUCGGAGCCUAGACGAGGCAACCGCAUUUCAGUCCCUUCGCCGGACAUCGACACUGCCGGUGCGCUCUUCUCGCGCAUCGCGCCACCCCGUGCUGUUUCAGCGGCGCUCGCGCCACCAGCAUCUCUGCAAGAGGCUCAGCGAAGCGCGCAGCGAGAGGCGACGUUGGUGCCUUCGUCCGAGCUCAGCACGGCCGAGGAGGAGACGCUAGUCGCCAGCAGUCUCAAGUGCAAGUCCUCGAUGCUCGAGAGCACGAAGCUAUCUUCUUGGAGCAAAACACAUGCUCAGAAGAUCGAAGAGCUGGACGGACUGCCAGUGCACUCGCGCUACCUCGGAACGCAGCUGGCAGAGAAGCUUCCUGAGGCACUGCUGCGCUUCGAGACUGCAGCGCACAUCGACGGCCCAGCUACACGUCGGCCAUCCGCCUCAGACCUGCCUCAAGCACACUCAUCAGCCGCCGUCUUCGCGCGUACAGCGCCGCCGCUGCAUUUGCCCGUGCUCGAUGCCUACCUUGACGACGCCGCACGCUUCCCGCUGCCUCGCUUCUCCGAUGCGCGCACACUCGCCUCGAGCGAGGAGGCGCGGCUCUGUGGCUAUGAGCUGACGAAGCGCAAGCGGAGACGCACACUCGAAGUAGCGGGUGGCCAGCUUUGUGUGCCGGAGACUGCCAUGCGAGAGAAGAGCGAGGCGGCAGGCGAAGCGUUGGAAGCGGAGGAGAAGGAGAAAGAGGAGGGUGAGGCCUCACCUGCCACCUCGCUGCUCUCGACUGCGACAUCGCCGCGCACGCGUCUCGACAUGUUCCCGCCGCUGAUGCUGCUGCGCACCUCCUCGCUCGACGAACUCAAGUCGAACGCAGUCGGCCCGCGUGCGCCUCCCGGUGGCGUACUCGCCAUGCUGCCCGGCGUCGGCUCUAUCCUGGGCACAGUCGUCGACUUCAUCAUCGGCAUCGAAGGCAGUGCUUUCGCUGCCGGCAUCUUCCGCCUCGGCCUGCUGGCCGACUUUGCGCAGCUCAUGGCGCUGCAGCUGCACUUUGACGAGCCGAUCGGCACACCAGAGGAUCCGACGACGGGCUCGCGAGUGCGCCGCUUUCUGCUGCACACGCUGCCAUCCUUUCUGGCGCUCGACUUCGUCUCGCUCUUCGGCAAGGCGCUGCUCUGGCUUUGCAUCUUCCUCUCGAUCGCGCUGCUGCUGCUGUGGCGUUUCUGGCGCACGACCCGUACAUUGAACCCAAACUACUCCAUCGAGGGCUUCGGCUCGCAGCCGUGGCUCUUCACAUCGCAGCGCAUGGGUUCGAAGCUCGCCAACAUCCUCGUCGUCUUCACUCUCUCGGUGCUCUACAUUCCGCUUUCCAAGCUCGCGCUCGACACGCUCACGUGGCAAGCCGACUUCUGGCCCGCCGACGCACAGGCGGCGCUCGCCACUGGCGUUCCUGCUCUGCGCACCGACGCCAGCGAGACGACGCGAGGCACCGACGACUUCUGCUGGAGCACGACAUUGCAGCGCGACGAAUUCAACUUCGCCUGGCUGCUCAUGCCACUGGCGGCCAUCACGAUGCUGCUGUACACCUUCGCCUAUCCCUACCUGCUCGCCACGACGCUCAAGCGCCACCUGCCGCGCGUCAGCAACUUCAACGAGCUCGGCACACGCCGCACCGAGGCGGAGCGCGAUGCCGAAUACGUGCGCUUGCUGAAUCGCGACAAGAGCCCGCUGAACUUCAUGUACAAUGCCUACCGUCGGCGCUGGGGCUACUACAAGCCGCUCUACAUCCUCUGCUUCAAGUUCAGCAACAUCGUCGUCGUCAGCCUCGUCAGUCCGCGCAACUGCCUCUUCCGGCACAUGCCGACAAAGACGAUGCUCGUGGUGCAGCAGAGCACACUCAUCGUGCUCAUGUCGCUGCUGCUCGCCGGACACCUCGUCACGCGGCCAUUCGCUGACAAAAUCAGCAAUCGCUCAGAGCUUGUCUCACGAGCGGGCUACGUCUUCACGGCCGUGAUCGGUCUGCUGGUGGCGCUGCAGGUGCAGGGCUCGACGGUGUACAACACGACGAUCCUCUAUCUCAUCCAGGCGCUCUCCUACGCCGGCAACAUUUACUUCGCCCUCGCCGGCGCCGGCUGGAUGGAGCACCUCAUCAAGCGCUGGCAGGCACGCCUCGACUUCAGCAUCGACAUCUUCUCGCCUGCGCUCGACGUGCCGAAGCACAUCAAGCGACGCGUGUGGGAGGAGACGCUCUCGACGAUCUUGCUCUGCGGCGUGUCGUACCACAUGCCGCCCGACAAGGUCGUCGCGUUCGCCACCGCCGACGAGUGGCCGCCGUAUAUGCUCUGGUUCCAGGGCUCGGCGGCCGAGCGGCACGUCGAGAACAUCAAGCUGCUCAAGGCCAUCGGCAUCGACGCCUACCGCUCCUGGGUCGAGGAGCUGCGAUCCGAGCGUGCACAGCGCUGGGAGCGAGCCAUCGAGACGAUCCAGACGCACUUCGCCGGCCCCGAUGCCUACUGGCGUCCGCUGCAUCCGCCGUUUCCCGAGGGCGUGUCGAGCUUCUUCGGCAAGGUGUUUCUCGUGCCCUUUCCGCCAACGCUCGUCAUGCGCUACGACCAACAGGCCGAGGAGACGCAUCAGCUGCAGACGCUGGCUGAGCUGGAGGCGUUCGUGGCGCAAAACGAGAGCGCGGAGGUCCAAUCUCGCCGCUCGGUGCGCAUGGCUCUGCGUGCGCUGGACGGACAGCAGGUACGCGCGCCGCACGUCGAGAACGUCGCUGUCGGAGGUGCGGUGCGCAGCAGACCGCAACGGCGCGGGCUCGACUUCCUCGCACGACUGGGAACGCCCGCCGAGGCGAAGCGCAAGUACACGCUCGCCAUGCCUGUCGCCUACACCGCUGGCGUGCUGCGCGUGCAUCGCAAGAGCCUCGGAAGCGACGACGCCGACAGCAAGCCGUUCGCGUCUGGCUUUCACGUCACGCUCGACUACUCGGACGGCCGACGACAGGACCCCGAGGGGAUCACGCGUGUGCGCGAGCUGCUCGUCGUCGACGCUUCGCUGGCCAUCGGGCUGCACGAUGACUUUCAACCCACUGCUGCGCUGCUGCACUUUCUGCGCGACAAUGCUGCGCUCGUCGAGGCGCGCGUGGCAGGUGUGCAGGAGGCGCUUCAGGCGUAUCGCUCGUCGUUCGCCGCCGAGGCGUCGGCCAAGCAAGCUGUGCUCUCGUACGCCUUCCUGACCGACAUCUUCGAUGCGCCGGGCCUCUCGCUCGCCGAGCUGCGCCGUGCCUUUUCGCGAGCGGCAUGUGCGCGCGUCGUGCGCGAGCUGCCGCGCCGGUAUCCAGCGAGCGUGGCGCUGCUGUAUGAGCGCAUGCAGCACCUGCAAGUCAGCGAGGUGCAUCGCUGGUGGUGGCUCUACUGGGACGAUCUCUGGCGCAUGAACGCCGCCGACUAUCCGGCGCUCACGAAGCAGCGCACCGCCUUCUCGCCGCAUUUUCCCGGCAGCAUCGCGUACACGCCCAUGGGUCGCAGGCGCCUCGAGGCAUACCUCGACGAGCAUGGCCUGUGGCUCAAGCAAGGCACGAAAGGCUUCUUCACGCGCGGCACGCUCAACCGCCUGUACUUCCACCUCGACAUGCUCGUCUUCGCUCGACAGGGCAGCCUCAUGACGUCGAACCCCUUCCUCGAUCCUCCGCCGUCCUCUUCGCGUCCAGUGCUGCCCGGCCGGCGCUCCGACGAGGCAGUGCAUCUGGCGCUCGGCACGCUGCGCAGCUGCGGUGACGGCAUUGAGCUCGAGACGCGCAGGUACGACACCAUCGACGCUUCGCUGGCGCCCACGUCGCGCCUCACGGGCGCGGGCACCGAGUACGACCAGAGCGACAUUCUCGAUCGCCGCGCUUGGCCGUGGACGGAGCAGCGCCUGAGCGGCAAGCCUGGACUUCGCCCGUACGAGCGAGCCUGGAACCGCGCACUAGAAUGGCUGGCGCUCUCGCCGUUCAAGGCCAAUGCCCAUCUGCGCACCAUGUUCCUCUUCCUCGACCUCGUCGAGACGCCCGAUGGACCUCGCUUCGAGCUGCCGGCGGUGCGCCACACGCCUCACUGUCCGGCCUAUCCGCCUGCCGAGACGGCCGAAGACGAGGAGCAAGAGAGCAGACGACGAUUGCUCGACGACCACACUUGAUGACCCAGCUGCGCCCUGCGCUGCACGAUGCCUCACUUACAUUCCACGCUCGCCUCCUUCCCCGACGCAUUCUCCAUACCCUUACUCAUCAAUCAUCCCUCCCGGAGCGCCUUGCGCCAUGCACUAUCCACACGCUGUAUCUGCCAUGCUUCGAAGUCGUGCCAUCUAUUCAUCAUCGCUGU